UAUUGUGAUCGUGAUGGUGUAUUGUUUCUGUUGCGUUAAUUAUAAAUUUAUUAAAUAUAAAUUAAUUAAGUGCUAAAAUUUCUUAAAUUGGAGUACAAGCAAUAAAUAAAUUAUUUACAGUGAUUAAUUGCAAACGUUUUCACUCUGGCCAGAAAGAAAAAAUAGUAGUGGCUAAACAAAAAUCUUGUCAGUUUCCCUAAUGGUUAUGAUAAGGAUAUGAGGAAUAUAUGAGCCUGUAAAACAGCCUAAUUUUUCCAAGCUGAGGGACGUUAAAAUUUAUCCAAAAUGGUUGACGGGGAGACCAAUAAAGGUACCAUUGAUACGGUGCAAGUUGCGCUAAGAAUUAGGCCUUUGAUGCGAACAGAGACUGAAAGAGGGUGUGACGAAUGCAUUGAUGUAGUACCUGGAGAACAACAGGUGCAGAUCAAAGACCUAGCUUUCACAUACAAUUAUGUGUUCCCUCAGCAUAUCACGCAACAGGAAUUUUAUGAUACUGCAGUUAAAGGCCUUAUCGGGAAGCUGUUUCAAGGUUAUAAUGUAACAAUAUUGGCCUAUGGGCAGACUGGUUCUGGUAAAACAUAUACAAUGGGUACAAAUUAUUCAGGAUCAGAUGGUGACUUUACUAGACUAGGUGUUAUCCCUCAAGCUGUGGCCGAUAUAUUUGACUUUAUAGAGGCACAUGAAGAUAAGUUCAUAUUCAAAGUGAAUGUUUCCUUCAUGGAACUUUAUCAGGAACAAUGUUAUGACUUACUAUCUGGGAAGGAGAGGGGACAUAGUAUCAUAGAAAUAAGAGAGGAUAUCAACAAGGGAGUUAUUUUACCAGGUAUAACUGAGCUUUCCGUGUCGUCAACAAUGGAAACGAUGACGGUGUUAGAGCGCGGCUCAGCGGGCCGCGUGACCGGCUCCACCGCCAUGAACCAGGCCUCCAGCAGGAGUCAUGCCGUCUUCACAAUCGUCAUUGCUAAAGAGAGCAGAAGUGACAAAAACUUAGCUACUACCUCAAAGUUUCACCUCGUGGAUCUUGCUGGUUCAGAACGAAUUAAGAAAACAAAGGCAAGUGGCGAGCGCUUGAAAGAAGGUGUCAAGAUUAACCAAGGGUUACUUGCUCUUGGAAAUGUUAUAUCUGCUCUAGGGGAUGGUACCAACCGAAGCUUUAUUAGUUAUAGAGAUAGCAAACUCACAAGAUUAUUACAAGACAGUCUGGGUGGUAACUCGUUGACGUUGAUGGUGGCGUGUGUGAGCCCGGCCGACUACAACCUGGACGAGACGGUGUCCACGCUGCGCUACGCUGACCGCGCGCGCCGCAUCCGCAACAAGCCCAUCAUCAAUCAGGACGCGAAGGCCGCCGAGAUCGUUAGGUUGAACAACUUAGUAAAUGAACUUCGACUACAAUUAGUUGGAAAGCUUCCUACAAUUAGUGAACAAAACAAUGAACAACUGCAGGAACAGUUAGAUAGAGAGAAGGCAAGAUAUGCUGAAUUGCUCAAGAAACACAAACAAGUAACAGAACAUUUAAGCAACAUGUUGGUCGAAAAUACGAAUUUAUGCGAAAAAGCACUUUUAGCGGAAGCGGCGAAGGAGAAAAUAGAACGUAAAUUGAAUGAAUUGACGGAACAAUGUAAUCAAACUAUAGACAAUAUAACUACAACAGACUUUUCUCAAGACGACAAUGGACAUAAAUCAACUGUGGUUGAUUAUCUUAAGGAAAUUAAAACAAAACUAGAAGAUUUGCAAUCGGUAAAUUUGAAGACGAACGAGGAAUUGAUAGAUCAUGAGAUUAAAUUGUCGUUUGUCAAAGAAAACGUUGAUGGUGAAAAGGUGGACGAAGAGAUCAUAUUGAAUGAAGAUCAAGCUGUCAUGGAAGAAGAAAAGAGGGCAAUGGGACAGGUGGCACUUAACCAAGAAUUGCAAGAGUUGAAUCGUGCAAUGGCUAUCAAGGCAUCCGUGGUUCAAGCUAUUUUGGCCAACAACAAAGAGAUGCUCGACAGUCACAACAAUCUACGCGAGAAUGAGGAUAAGAUAUCUAAGUUGGAGAAAGAAAGAGAUGAACUCUUGCAACAAUUAAAACAGACAAAGACCAAAGACCCAACACAUGAGGAGCGUCGCACAAAGGUAACAACAUUAGAAUCUGAGAUAUCAGACUUGAAGAAAAAAUGCCAACAGCAAGCCAAUAUUAUCAAGAUGAAGGAAAAGAACGAGGCUAAGAUAGCUGCGCUUAAUGCUGAACUUCAGGCCAUGAAAGCUACUAAGGUAAAAAUAAUUCGUCAAAUGCGUGAGGAGAGCGAGAAGUUCCGCAAAUGGAAGUUGGACAACGAGCGCGCCAUGCUGCGCCUGCGCAACGAGGACCGCAAGCGAGCCACCGCCAUGGCCAAGAUGGAGUCGCUGCACGCCAAGCAGCAGAACGUGCUCAAGAGGAAGAUGGAGGAGGCGGUCGCUGUUAACAAGAGACUGAAGGAAGCGCUAGAUCGACAAAAACAAACGGCUAUGAAACGCAAUGCAAAGGGCAGUGUGAAAGCCGGCGCCGUCCAGCAGUACAUCGAGCAGGAGUUGGAGGUGCAUCUCAGUAUUGUGGAGGCGGAGAAGUCGCUUGAGGAACUCAUGGAGUACAGGGCCUGGAUAACAGAACAAAUUGAGAAUCUACGCAACAGCACCGAUGAUCAAACUAACAGGAAGAAGAUUGCGGAACUUGAAGAUGAUCUAGCUCUUCGGAAGGCACAGAUAUCUGACCUACAACAGAAGAUAUUAACAGCUGAUCAGGAAAACAAAUCCCGCACCCAAUGGGAUAACAUUCAAUCAAUGCUCGAAGCUAAGGUAGCUUUAAAAUGCCUCUUCGAACUGCUAGUCGACGCUAAGCGAGAACUGCAAAACCAGAGCGAAAAGGGCUAUCAAGCGAGAUAUGAAGAAAUCAAGGAAUCUUAUGACAGAUUAAUGAUAGAGUUUGAGAACAGCAAGAGCGAAUUUGAACAACAACUUGCUUCAGUCAAGAUGCAAAAUGAACAAAAGCUAAGUGCCUUGGUAGCUCUUCAAAGAGGUGUUAUCGGCAGGGGUGACAGGAGUGAAGCAUGCAAAAAUCUACAAAAUGUAAUACAAUACCAACAGGACCGACUCGAUCAAGUUGAACAGGAAAAUAAAAGACUAGCAGAUGAACUAGAAGAAUUACGGAGCGCGGGUAAAAAAGCCAAGAAACGCAGUAAGAAAGAAAAUAAUGAGGAUUCUACGAAGAAGGUUGAAUAUGUGGAACCGACCGAUGAGGAAGACGAUGAAUUUGAAGACAGAGAUAAGGAUCCCGACUGGAGGGCGACCCCACUUUUCAAGCGUAUACAGGCGCAGCGCUCGCGGCUCACGAUGAACUUCUCGUCGGAGGCGGCGGACGCGAGCGCGGCGCGCGCGCCCAAGCGCGGCUCGGACGGCGCGCCGCACUGCACGUGCCGCGGCAGCUGCUCCACCAAGAUGUGCGGCUGCGUCAAGUCCGAGCUGGGCUGCGGCACCGCCUGCCGCUGCCAGCCCGCGCUCUGCAAGAACCGCCGCCUGUCGUCCGACGGCGACGACAAGGAGAAUCACCCAUCAAGCACAGAAUACUCAUUAGAUUCAACGCCAUCGUCAUCCUACUUUGACAAACGAGAUCACCUUGAUGCAACAUAUGUCAAGAAAAAGAAAAGUUAUUUUUUUCCACAUGAUGCAAAUGGCGACGUCAAAAAUAGCCUAGUUAAGACUGAUUAAAUUAUCGCCUGACACCGGCUGCUUGGAGCGUAUUGUACUUCGCGUUUACAUCCAAGUGAUAUUAUAAGGAUUAAAAUAAUGUGCCUUUCGUAUUAUAAAAUUUGUACAAUGUAUUAUGUUUAAAAUUGAAUUAUUCAGUGAUGGAAACUGAGCAAAUUGUGUGUAACCUACUAUCGUUGAUAUUUUAAAAUUAAUGGAGUAGAUCUCUAAAU